GUUUGAAGAGGUAGAAGAGAACAGUAGAACAGUGGGUUUCCUUUUGGAUCUUCAAAACGCUAGGAAAGUAGAAAAUCGGUUGAAAAAAACAUGGCUGAGCACGAAGAGAAGCACGAGGAAUCGUUGUUGGAGAAGAUAUCGGACAAGAUCAAAGGUGAUUCAUCAUCAUCGUCUUCGGAUUCCGAUGACGACAAGCCAUCGGAAUCAUCUAUGAAAGCUAAAGUCUUCCGUCCCUUCGGAAGAGAAAAGCCCGUCCACCACGUUCUCGGUGGAGGCAAACAGGCUGAUAUUUUCCUGUGGAGGAACAAAAAGAUUUCGGCUGGCGCUCUAGGUGUUGCAACUGCUAUAUGGGUUUUGUUUGAAUUGCUAGAAUACCACCUUCUCACGUUAGUGUGUCACUUGUUGAUACUUGCUCUUGCACUACUCUUCUUGUGGUCAAAUGCUGCUACCUUCAUUCACAAAUCUCCACCGCGCAUUCCUGAAGUUCAAAUCCCCAAGGACCCAGUUUUAGAGCUUGCACAGGCACUUAGGUUUGAGAUUAACCGGACUUUUGCUGUCCUGCGGGAUAUUGCAUCUGGAAGAGAUCUUAAGAUGUUCCUCUCUGUGAUCGCUGGCUUAUGGGUCUUGUCUAUUGUGGGAAAUUGGUGCAACUUCUUGACACUGUUCUACAUAGUCUUUGCACUACUUCACACCGUGCCUGUGCUGUAUGAGAAGUAUGAAGACAAGGUGGAUCCAUUUGCUGAGACAGCAUGGCAUGAGAUCAAGAAGCAGUGUGCAGUUUUCGAUAAAAAAGUCCUGAGUAAAAUUCCCAAGGGGCCAUUGAAGAAAGAUUAGGUUACUGGUGAAAAUGUUGCUGUUGCUAGGUUUUGACAAACAACUGCUAGCUGUUUCUGUGAAGGUGGUGUCAAAUUUUAUCCAGUUUUUAAUUCUCGUCUUUACUACACACAUGGUAGGCUUUUAUAUGUCUAUAUAUGUGACAAUAUGUUAUGAUAUUGCAUGUUGUGGAUCAGUGUGUUGUACAUUGGGUUGAAGGUUAUCUCUACUUGUUAUGGAUAUCUUUCUGAAUGAUUCACUUUGCUUUCUGUUGGAGGCUUGAUGGAUU